GCCUGAGCGCUGAGAGGGAGCAAGCGCGCCGCCGAGACGCACACAUCUGAGCCCUGCGGCCGCGUAGCGCUCUCCCCCACCCUCGUUCAGCACUUCGGCUGGCGGUCCGCGGGCCCUUCGGCGACGCCGGGUCCAUGGCCACAGCGGCGGCUCCUUCGGCUUUGGCCGUUAAGGCCUUGGGCCCGGCCGCAACCUCCGGCUCAUACGAGGUCUUCUGCAAGGGACUCUCCCGCACCCUGCUCGCCUUCUUCGACCUGGCCUGGCAGCUGCGCAUGAACUUCCCGUACUUCUACAUCGCCGGCUCCGUGAUCCUCAACAUCCGCUUGCAGGUACACAUAUAGAGCCGUGAUUAAGCUGCUUGUAUUCGGGCCGGGCGCUAUGGCUGAUUAUUCGGCGGCCGGAGCGGGAAGCGGAGCCGCCGCCCAAGCGCCGCACAAUCUCGCGAGAGUGCUUCGGCGCCUCCUCGGCCGCGCUUCCGGAUAACGCGGAAACCCGAAGUGACGCGAAAUCGGAAAUACGCGAUUCCUGAGAACCGAGAAAAGCUUAAAUUAAAAGCCGCGGAAAUAUUUAAGAAGCCGUGCAUCCUUAAGAUAAAAACGGACGAACUUCAGGAUAUGUACACGGGCGCAGGAUAAAUAAAGGAGGUUAUAAAAUUUCCAGAAAAAAAAAUUUGUACAACGCAUGGUCAAAAUUAAAAUAUGAAAUCAGUAAA